AAGCUGAUGAGAGAAAAUUCCGUCUUCAGAGUUUUCUUGGUUAAUGUUUGACAAAACUUGACCUGUACAAAGGUGAAAAAACAUUAGCUGUCAGUGGGGUGUGAGGGGCUCAUUCCCUGCCCCCUUUUACGCAACACCCUGCUAAGAGAACAUGACAUUAGAUCGACUCGCGCAGAUAUGAAGUCUGAAGAAGCUGACAACAUCGAGGAAUUAAAUAAUUUACCUGUUGAUUCUAUUCGGAUUGCACCGUAUUUGUCUGAACUGAAACAAAAAGCAGAAGCAGAAGUAAGCAAACGACAGUUGAAUUUGUCGGCAACUUUCUUGAUACGGUUUCUGCAGGCGAGAGACUUCGAUGUGGCACUGGCGCUCAAGCUUUUGAUUAACUAUCAUAAAUUGAGACAAGAAUGUCCAGAAAUAACAGCUGAUCUGCGGCCAUCAUCUGUCAUUGGACUUCUGCAAAACAAUUACCAUGGAGUUUUGAGAUCACGAGAUGAUGCUGGAAGUCGAGUUCUAUUCUAUCGGAUUGGUCAGUGGAACCCCAAAGAAUUCUCAGCUUAUGAGGUUUUCCGUGUAAGCCUCAUUACAUCAGAGUUGAUUGUUCAAGAAUGGGAGACUCAAAGAAAUGGACUCAAAGCAAUUUUUGAUCUCCAAGACUGGUGCUUCGCACAUGCCCUGCAGAUAAAUCCUUCUUUGGCAAAAAAGAUAUCUUCUGUACUUACAGACUCCUUUCCUUUGAAAGUACGUGGCAUCCAUUUGAUAAAUGAGCCUAUUUUUUUCCGUCCUGUCUUUGCUAUGAUCCGUCCAUUUCUUCCAGACAAAAUCAAACAACGGAUUCAUAUGCAUGGGAGUUCAUAUGCCCAAAGUCUCUGUGAUUACUUUCCGAAAGCUAUUCUCCCUCCUGAGUAUGGAGGAACCGGACCCAGCAUAGAUGAAGUGUGUCAAGAUUGGACUGAGUACAUCAUGCAGUCUGAAGACUAUCUUCACAGGCUCUCUCUAGACUUAGGUGGAGGAGAUGCUUCUCAGUCAUCUACCUUUGAGUGAUUACAAUGAAGGUAUUUCUUACCAUGUGCUCUUUGUGCUAGAUGAUGUAACAGAUUCUGCUGGGGCAGGUUACACACAGUCUCUGAAAAUCAGGAUAAUAUUGCUGAUUUAAAAUUCAUCCCAAAAUUAAAAUGUACUUGUCCUCAGGCCAUUUAAGAUUCUCCACUGGAACAGAUUCAGAGAAAUUUAGCAGUACAUCACUACCGUGAAUGGGUGCCAUUAGAAUGAGAGUUCAAAGAGUCCUCUAUCCAUAAUAUUGCUUUCUCCAGUGGAAAAGUCAUCUAAUAUGAAUAAUGAGAGAAAGAGAUUAAUCUCUGUUUAUAAGUGAAAAAAGUCCAAAACAGUUCUAAACAAAUUUGUCUGUGGAUGGCCUGAGAGUGAGUACAUUUUUAUUUUUUGGUGAAACAUUCCUUUAAAUUGUAAAGCAUGUUAGUGUAAACAUAUAUGCUUUGCUUAUAUACUUAUACUCUUUUUUUCAUAUUAUACAUGAAUUAAUGGUGCAACUUUUUAAGUCUCCUAAUAUUCCAGACUGAAAAAAAAGUAAUUCACAGUUACUUAGUUUGACUAAGUCAUAUUUUUGAUUAAUGUGAUUUUAUAGAAUUCUGUAGCACACAGAUAUUCACUGCAAGUACUUGAUAUACCUCUGAAGUUACAAUAUAGCAUCAGAUAUCAUAUUUUGUGUUUACUUUUAGGAUGAUUCCACAGUCACUUGUAAAUAACACAAGCAUUGUACAAUGUUGUGCGUGACCGAAAUAUCAAAGUGCCUUCUUUUCCUUGUGAAUUGUCUUUAUUGUUGUAUUUUCAUAACAAUGGACAUAACUCAGGAUGUUACAUAAGUCUCUGUGCUUCUAGAAGUUAGAUAUCAAUUAUCACGAGCUGCUUCAUUAUAUUGUUGCUCUUAAGGCAAAUGAUCUGUAAUGUAACUGUAAACUGCAGCAUUUAUUAGCCUUUGCUGAAUUUUAAAUAAAUAAACAGCUGAAGACAUGUACUUAUUUAGUCUAAACCAAGUGGGAUUACAAAAUUGCACUUUGGUCUGUUGCCUUUUGCUCUGACUCUUAAACAAAUAUAAACAGAGACUAAUGACCUUACUGGAGCUCUUCAUGUUUACAGAUUUCCUUAAAUGUGAAUUUCUGAAACCAUGUAUAUAGUUCGGUUUGUUGCAUUCUUUCUGUCAGACAGUGUGUCUAAAGACAGAAGAAAAGGACUGUUUUAUAUUAUUUAAUUGUGAUGUCCUCACUUAUUAUCAAACUAUGACUAUUGUUUCAGUUUUUUUUUUUUUAUUUAAUGUACAUUAUCGUAAUGAUAAAAAGUUAUACACAGAUAUAUUAAUACACAAUGUGCAACUCAAAUAAACUUGGCAGCCAAA